AUGUUUCUCGCUCUCGUGUCCGCCACUUCAGGCUCUUUCUCAGUCUUUGUCGCCUGCGUUGCCCUGAACACAUCCCAGCCGAAUCGACUGUACUUUUGCUUACCGAUUGUUCUCUGUGGUGCUAUCGGGUUUCUCGCCAGUAAGGAGCUUGACGACAUUCUCCCGGGACUCGGUCAACUCUGGGGCCAUGCCAUUGUGUCCCAUGUCAUCCACAACACGGCUGUGUUAUACAUUGAUAAGUGGACUCUACAACCCAGUCAUGAACGCCAAGGCUGGGAUAUACACGCCGCAUACAAAAUCUGCGUCAAUCCACAACUUCUUGGCACCCACCAGGAAGUCCCUCAUGCUCGUCCAGUGAGCACAAGCCCGUCACGCUUCGCAUUCCUUCGAAAACGGCUCGGUCAACUACUUGUCCUUCAAGUACUCAAUGAGUUUGUCAUUACUCCUGCCUACAUAUUGAGCUUUGCACCGAUCUCGGCCGAGGACUUUUCACCGACGAAGAUGGUCUACUUUCGCCGGCUCCUUCUCGGACCCUCAGUGACAAAAUUUGAAACCAUGCUUAGGGCCGCCUUCUCCGUUCGCUGGAUCUGGGAUAAUUAUAUCGGUCUAUGCUAUGCUCAAACGGCACUCGCCAUUCUGUUCUCAGUCAUCCUUCAUUGGGACGAACCGUGGGAGUGGCGACCGUUCUUUGGUAGCCCGCUCGAGGCGUGGAACAUGCGGCGCUUCUGGGGGAUUUUCUGGCACCGCCUCGUCUACAGACCAUACACGAAGUGGGGGCUGUGGUUUUCUCGCAAAGUGCUUCGGAUUCCAUAUGGGUCUCGUGCCGAGAAGGCUUCGGUGGUAAUGCUUGUGUUUUUACUGUCGGGCGCCAUACAUGCACUAGUUACUUGGCACGCAACUGGCUGCGGGUACUGGGGCGAUAUCCAGUGGUUUUUACUCAAUGGUUUUGUCGUUGCAGGCGAGACAAUAGUGGUAAAACCGCUAUCACGGUGCUUCAGCACAGAAGAAAAUAGGGCACGUCGAGUUCUGUGGUUUCGACUCGCGGGCUAUGUGUGGGUUUUCACUUUUCUAUUUUGGAGCGUUCCUAAGUGGGAGUACGGUAAAAUUUACUGUGGCCUGUCUAAGAGUAGAGUGGUCUAG